AUGGGGUUCUUGGAAGAGAGGGAGAAGACUGUGUAUCUUGCAAAGCUAGCUCAGCAGGCAGAGAGAUAUGAUGACAUGGUGGAGUUCAUGAAAAAUGUUGCUAGGAUGGACAUUGAAUUGACAUCAGAAGAGAGAAAUUUACUAUCAAUUGGUUGCAAGAAUUUGAUAGGUGCAAGACGAACAUCAUGGUGGUACCUCACUUCACUCAUGCACAAAGAAGAUGAAAAGCGAAACGAGCACAAUGCCGAACAUAUAAUGCAUUACUUGAAAAGAGUUGAACAUGAACUCACAAAGAUCUGCGACGAUAUAUUGUCUUUCACUGCCAUCCACAUCCUUCCGUCAUCCAUUUCCGGAGAAUCCAUUGUGUUCUUCCACAAGAUGAAAGGUGAUUAUUAUCGAUAUUUGGCUGAAUUCAAGACUGGAGAACAGAAAAAAGAAGCUGCAGACAAGUCACUCGAGGCAUAUCAGGCUGCUACAAGUACUGCAAUUACUGAAUUGCCUCCAACUCAUCCGAUUAGGCUCGGUCUCGCUCUUAAUUUUUCUGUUUUUCAUUAUGAGAUACAGAACGCACCUGAUAGAGCUUGUCACCUUGCAAGGCGAGCAUUGGAUGAGGCGAUAACACAGCUCAGUUCCCUCAGUGAAGAGUCCUACAAAGAUAGCACACUUAUAAUGGAAUUACUCAAAGACAAUUUAAUGUUAUGGUCAUCCGAGUUGCCUGAAAAUGGAGAGGAAUCCAGUGGAGAUAGCAUUGACAGAGAGGCAUAGAAAUGGUAUCAUCUAUGGCAAUCCU